AUGAAAAAUUUAGCGGCUCUGGCCCAGCUCAAGCGGGUUUUUCCUAAUAAACACGCUCUGUACGAGCGUAUUGACACUCUUUUGGCCCAUGGAAGCGUCCUGCGAGUUGGAAUUGUUCCUCUUGCCAGCUCUAGAUCAGACAUCAAACGAGUCUUGGAGUCCCUGAUUGAAGACCCGUUGAACGAUGGCGAUUGGUUUCCCACUUUCCGGGCUCGUGCAUUGACCAAGGAUGUUAUCGUCAGUCAAAGCAGCUCUUUCGACUACAUCGAAACAAGAAACUCGGCCUUGGAGUACCCAGUUCCGUUUACCGGCCCUCCUAUUGAAUAUGUGGAAGUUUCUAAUCCUCAGGAUAGCCGUGAGCACUUGGCCAAAUGUGCCCUUAUAUUGUACGCUUCUACCAACCCAGCCGAAGCUCUUCGUGCGCCUAUUGCGACUGCACACCCUCACCUUCUCGUGCUUGAUAGUUUAAGACUUUUGCAGGCAAGUUCUGAUGCCCCUUCAAACUCAAAUGAGGUGGUUAUCUCCACUGAGCUGGCCGCACGGGGAAAUGAGCUUUUGCGAGAGUCCCCUAAAAACAUCACGCCCUAUUUGGAUUUGUACAGAAAGUCAAAUGUUGCUACCCUGAAGCAGCGAUUUGAUCCAACCAAAGUUAGAGUGCAGCUCUUGGACAGUGUUUUCAAGACAUGCGAUGGUCUAGUCGCGGCCGAUGGCCCAGACCAGGCAAUUAAUCGUGAAGUGUCGGAGCUACGCACAGCCUGGGCCGUCUCUGCCCAUCGUGAGCUGCAAGGAAGACUCAUUCCUGCCCUCGAAAAGCUCUUGUACAAAAAACUGGCCUGGUAUAAACUUUAUGCCCGCACUGACGACGUCGAAGCCACGACCGUGGCUGUUCUUAAUCAGGCCCAGCUUCCUCAGUCCAACCGCGAGCUUGAAUACAUUAUUGGACGAGUAGACAAGGCUGUGACUACUAUUCCGUCCAACGAAAAGCCAUCCCAAUCACCGAUAAGCACUGCGAAUGUGCUCAGCGCUGCGGCUGCUGUCAAGCUGCAAAACAACGCUUUAAAAGCCGUGCUAACAGCCCUCAGCGUACAAAUCCCCAUCUCCUUGUGUGCUGUCGGUGGCUGGUACUUUGCAGAGUGCACAGCGUACUCAAUGGGAGCGUUAGCUGGACUAGGCCUAGUUGUAGGGUUACAGAGGCUACAAAAGAUGUGGCUUAAGGCCGCGAAAAAUUACGAAAAGACCGUUAUUGAUUUAACGCGUACUUCAAUCACCGAAACAGAAACUCAAAUCUGGGAUAUGUAUGAGGAACGAGUUGCCCGCCGCCGACAGGAAUUGGCUACUCAGGAGCAUGCGUUGGCAGAGGUUAAAAAAGAGGUUUAUGAUCAGAAUUAA